CGCGGCGGUGUGGGGAGGGUUCCUCCCUGGCGUGGGUCGGGCCCGCUCUGGCUCCUCACCGGGGGUUCGAGCCCCACACAUUGUCUUCAGGGGGUAAAGCCCGCCCUCCUGCUGGAGCCCCCGUCACCCCCUCGGGUCUGCACACUACUCGCCACCGCAGCAUCUGAGCCGGGUGGGGGGUUCCCCACGCUGCCUCGCGGAGAAGCGCUUGUGCGGGCCGUGCGGGCAGGAGGGGCCGGUGCCUGCUGCACCCCGCGGGGAGAGCUGCCUGCCUUGGACAGACCGCGCGUGUUUCUGUCCUCCCAGGAGCAUCUUCGAGCGAGAAGCACCCCCGUCUCCGUUACCCCAUAAACUAGCUAGCCCCGCCACACCCCUGUGUGCCCUGCCUGAGCCUUCCCCGUGGGCUUUGCAGCAUGACCCGCCCGCAGUCUACAGCUUCGGGUUCUUUCAGUUCAAAGGGGGAUCUGCCCGCAUUAGCUCGUAGGAGAUGUAGGGCGAGGGGAGUCUGAGGAACCGCAUUCUCUUAGGGUUUGGCCCCUAUCUGCUGGUGAGUUACCAGCUAGGGGGAUAUAGGCAGCUUAUGACCACACCUGCCUUGUGAUAAGGCCACACAAGCCGCUUAUGCAGCCCAACACUUAACUCCACAAAACAGCUGGAUGGGAGAGGAGGAGCAGCUGUUUUAUCAUCUUUAGCGCAGUGGUUAAACUUCGAGCAUUCACGUGGGGAUGCAUGUGGUAGACCCCAGGCUUAAGCCCCUCCUCUGCCUGACAAGGAGAAGUGAACAGGAAUCUGCCACCUCACAGAAGGGAUGGAUCAAUAGAGCUCCUGUUAUAGAGGGAGUUGGGGCAGAAACAAGAUUAUUUUUAGGUCUUGUUAGGGAGGCAUAGCAAAGCUGUGAUACAAGUUUAUCUAUGAAGCCCCAGGAAGAGGGCCAGAAAGGAUUUGGGGACUCCACACACAAGGGUGAAGAGCUGAAUGGCCUUCAGACCUCAGAAGAGGAGACAUAUUUAAAACACCAAUUGUGUGGCAUUUGAUUCUUCAAAAGAAGGGAAACUGCGGCAUAGCAGCAUACCCAGUCAGAGAGCUCCGCGAGAGGCGCAGGCAGAGUCGACAGGGGAGCAGCAGCAGUCUACUCACCGUGGUGAAGACAGCAUGCUUUUGACCUUUCUUGGAGUGCUGUGGCCCCUGCCUGUGCAGAAUGGACCCUGUUGUUCUGAGUUAUGUGGACAGUUUGCUGAGGCAGUCGGAUGUUUCCCUGCUGGAUCCCCCCAGCUGGCUUAAUGACCACAUCAUUGGGUUUGCCUUUGAGUACUUUUCUAGUGACCAGUUCCAAGACUUUUCCGAACAAGUAUGCUUUGUCAGCCCUGAAGUGGCUCAGUUCAUCAAGUGUGCCACCAGCCAGGAUGAGGUAGCCAUGUUCCUGAAGCCGCUGGGCCUCCCGCACAAGGAGGUUGUGUUCCUGGCCAUCAAUGAUAACUCCAACCAGGCUGCUGGGGGCACCCAUUGGAGCCUCUUGGUUUACUUCCGGGACAAAAACUGCUUUGCUCAUUAUGACUCCCACAGUAAGAGCAACUCUGCCCAUGCCAAGCUGGUGGCAGGAAAGCUGGAGGCAUUUCUGGGAAAAAGCGGAGACAAAGUGGCCUUCAUAGAGGAGAAGGCCCCUGCACAGCAGAACAGCUAUGACUGUGGAAUGUAUGUGAUCUGUAACACAGAGGCUCUGUGUCAGGGAUAUUUUAGGGGACAGCAGGAACCAGUACUGCAGCUCCUCACUCCUCCUUAUAUCACACGGAAGAGGGCAGAAUGGAAAGCUCUCAUUGCCAAACUUGCACGCAAAUGACUUAAAUGUAAUUGUCCCUGCUUCGAACAACUACCUGUCCAGUCCUCUAGUCUCCACCCCCAGUGCCUGAGGGAAGAUAUCCAUGAACAGGAUUUCUCCACAGAAAGAAUGUAACCCCUCCAGCAUGGCUACACCCUGCACUACCCCAGCUGAAAAGCCUUAGUUUCCUCUACAACCCACUAGCCUUCAGACUUAAGUACUGGUAACAUCACUUUUUGUGUUCAGCAGAACCCUCUUAAAGGAAGUUUUAUUACUUCAAGCACUUUUCUGGCUAUAACAAACUAGGUUGGUGAAGAUUCCUCUCACCCCCACAGUAAGCAAUGAGCCCUCACUGUAUGAUUUUUAAUUUUCUAUGGACAUUGCUAGUCUAAAUCUAAUCUGGUUCAGUGAUAUCCAUCUUACAUACACAGGCCUAAUUUUAAAAGGACACCUCUGAUUUGUCCCUGCCUUUAAUUGUGGUUCCAAGUUAUAGGAUUUAGGGGUCUAGCUACACAAUUCUGCCCAAAAAUUUGAUAUUGAGAUAUCCAUAUCUUGUGAUCUGAGAGUGCAAAAUCAGAAGUAAUGGUGCAGGUUAUUUAAAGGUGCUUCAAAAGGUAAGACGCAGAAAAGUUAUUUUUGCUCUCUUUUGCUGCUUUACAUCCUGUAUAACGAAGGCCUGAAUUUUUCUUGUUUUCAUAUUAGAAAUACACUUUUUUUUUAUAUCCUGGAUGAUUGAACCACUGGAUAGUUUUCAAGAUAGUAGAAGAGUGACAAAACAAGUACUAAGAACGUGAAACCUGAUUGAGGUGGAAAGUGUUUUAAACAGUGAAUAAAGGUUAUUUUCAUCAACACACACUUUGUACAAAUAUCAUACAAAAAGUUGGGGGGAAAGCCUCCGAUUCCAAACCUCUACCCCUUCCAGUCAAGUUUUAAGACAACUCAGAAUACGCAUGAGACUGCCAACAACUUCUCUCGCAAAACCCCCAAAAACAGACUUUACAUUUCUGAUAUUUCUAAUGUAAAAAAGAAAAAAGCCUUUGACUUUCUCAUAUAUAAUAAAAAUCAGUACAGGGGGAAAAAAA